AACGAGGCUUGAAGUGGUGUGCUGUGGCUCGCGAGGCACCCAGUCUUCCAGACACUCUCCGCUGCGCAGCGGUCUGUUAAGGUCGCACUGGUUAGAUGCUCUAGCCAGAUAUCACUUGCGAUGCAUUUCUUUGUGGUGCUCUCCAUGGUCGUGACCAUGGCCCAGGCAAGCAGUGCGCCUCCCACAACUGAGGAGAACAGCUGUUCAGGCCUCAAGGACGAUCGCUCCCUUCUGUCCACUCUACUAACGAUCACAGGCUAUAGUGACACUUGCGUGGCCGCCGCCCUGGAUUUCUGUAGCAUUGAUCAAAAGAACAGCAGCUACAGGUCCUUCAUGGAGGAGGCAAAGGAAGUGGUGCAGCAGGUCAGUGUUGCUGUAAACAAAUGGGAGUCUCGGCCACGUCACUGCAAGGACUUACUGGACUCCGGGGACAGCGGGAGCGGCCUGCGCCAGGUAUACCCUUACCCUGGGCAACCCCACCACCGCGUCACCGUGUUUUGUGACCACACCGUCGACGGCGGGGGAUGGACCGUCUUCCAGCGGCGCACCAGUGACGCCGUCCGCCAAGAUUUCUACCGCACUUGGAUCGAGUAUCGGUUGGGCUUCGGCGACCUGGAGGGUGAAUUCUGGCUGGGCCUUGACCUUCUGCACCAGCUGACCUCCACCACCCUGCAGCAGCUGCGAAUUGACCUGCACGAUUACGAGGGAGAACAUCGGUGGGCUAAGUACGGAUUCUUCCACGUGGGCGCUCCGGAGACCAAGUUCCGCCUCAAGGUUGGAAGUUACAGCGGAGACGCCGGAGACAGCUUAGCAGCAAAACACAACGGCAUGCGUUUCAGCACCCGUGAUGAUGACAACGACAAAAAUAAUGAAUGGCAUUGUGCCCAACGACGCCGCGGAGGUUAUUGGUAUAAUGCUUGCUAUGAUUCUAACCUGAACGGCUACCAGUAUGUUGGCCACGACACCGAUGACCAUAGAGGAAUCGCCUGGCGUCACUGGAGAGGUACGACCUACUCCCUGAAGGCUGCAUCAAUGAUGAUGCGUCCUGCCUUCUGAGUUGGCUGCGGCAUGGCACGGCACGGCACGUCACGACACGGCAGGAGGCGUGCACACUACACUAUUCACAUGACCACCACCACCACCAUCUCUCCAAGUAACCUACGUAUCUAACACUAUUUACUAACAUUCAGCCAGAGUGUUGAUAACAAACAUGUGACGUCAACUGGUGAAUAACUCGAGUAACGUUUGCACACCUUGGUCUAUUUCCCUCAUGUUUGCCCUGUCCCCCUGUAAGAUCCACACCAACCUCUAAGUGAUAAGACUGCCUCUUGCCUCAUGUCUUGUUCACAAUCCUGUACACGUAGCUAUAUGUAUUGACAAGAAAAGGACUCUCUCUCUCUCUCUCUCUCUCUCUCUCUCUCUCUCUCUCUCUCUCUCUCUCUCUCUCUCUCUCCUUCACUGUGCAGCAGUGCAUCAUGCUUCUUGCUAACAAAUGUCAUUAACAACAAAACAAGCCGAUAAUAAAUUCAUCAUUGCCUCGA